AGCAUAAAAUAAGUUUUUUAACAUAAAAGUUAUAAAAUAUAUGUUUAAUAAAGAUUUUAAAGAAUCAAGAAAUAAAAAUAAAUACAACAAUGAUGAUUGAGUAACAAAGUUGUUUAUAUAAAUGGUUGAAAAGCAUGCUAUAAUUAAAAAUAUUAAAGAUAUACUUACUUGUGCUCAAGAUCUAAAUCACAGACCGGUUAGAAGUUGGGGAAAGCUUGAGUCAUUUGAUCCAGAAAAAAAUAAAGCCAUAAUUUCAUACAAAGGAAGUAGCCUUGUAUUAUCACUUUCCUUUGUUGUAUGCUUUGAUGCAAGAAUAAAUGAUAACAUACAAGUUAUAGGGGAUUUCAAUGAUGGUGUAUUAGCUGUGAGGUCUUUUAAAGUUAUCAAUAAUUUGAACCUAGCCUUGUUUGAGCAUGUUUUAAAUCAGAGAGAAGAAUUCUUAAGAAAUCUGAUGGUAUGACUUUGAAAAUGAAUAAACAUUUUACAGAACACAAACGCUUGCACUCUAAAAAUUUUAAAGAUGUUCAAAGCAUGCCAAAUUACUCGGAACAUAAAUACUUAGAUUUUAACAGCCAUCUUGCUAAUUCUUAUGAAUAUUUUACACAUAAAGGAUCUGCAGAGCUCAAAGCAUCAAUAGAGAGUGAACGGUGUAACAGUUUGCAUUUACUCAAGAAAAAAAAACUGAAAGCAUUUCAAAAUGAUGUUUCCAAAAGAGUUUCAUAUUUACAAAAUUUAAAAAACAUUGAAAAAAGUCGUAAACCGAAAAUUCAGUUUCUUCACCAAAAUAACCUAAUGGACUGUCCCCUACCAGCUUAUGCUGAAAAGUGCACACAAAGUAAUUUUUUUGAAGAGAAAAAAACUGAGUCAAUGGAAUCUAAUGAGAAGCUUAUGAAACUGCAAAACAAGGUUGCCAUAGAAACAAGAGAUGCAAAAAGAAAACUCUACUCUAAAAAAAGAAAGGACUUUAUAAAUUGUCUUCCUGGAGGCUUAUGGGAUGCUACUGAUAAUAAACAAGUUGAAGAAAAUUUUAAUAAUGUAAAAAACUCUUCAAAACAAAAUCUCUCAGAUGGAGAACCACCUGAUACAUGCCAUGGUGAAAAUAAAAUUUCAGAAGAUGACGAAAUAAUUCUAGAAGAUAUAAGUUUUGAUCGCGAAAGUUUAGUUUCAACAACUGAGGUGAGAUUAGCGAAACAAACAAGUUCUUCAAAUUGUUUUUCCGAAAUGAAAGUUCCAGAAAGUUCUUCUUCUUCUACUUCUUCUGAUGCUCAAAUUAUUCAGAUUGAAAAUAUUCAUCAAGAUAAUUUGAUGAUAAGUGACCUUCAUAAAAAAGUAGCUCUUACACUUAACUGUGAUGACUUAGAGAAAAGAGAUGAACAGAAACAACAAGUUUAUUGGAAAUGUAGAAAAAUGUUUAUGCAAUUAGAAAGAGAAAAAGUGAAAAUGGCACAAAGUCAACAAAAUUACACUCGAAAAAUUAAACUACUGAAAUUAAACAGAGAAAAAGAACGUGAACUUCUUGAAAGACAACAAAAAAUGGAAACAGCUAAUAUUGAUAAUAUUCUAAUGGAAGAUAUUGAAAACUUUCAAAAAUGCACAAGUUUAAAUGAUGAGCAACCAAAGAAAAUUUAUAAGCAAAGUAAAGAAUUAGAAAGCUACAUGGAAGCUGUUCGUGAAGUAGCUAAAAAAAGAAUAAGUCUAAGUGGAAUAUCCCUUCCACCUUUAUGUCAGUGCGGACCUACAAUUUGGGAUGCUCAUCCAGAUACGUGUGCAAAUAAUUGUAUUUUCUAUAAAAAUCCAAAAGUUUAUAUAAAGUUUCUAACUGCUGCCUUGGCCAACACCAGAUGAUAGAUUGUUUUAAAUGUAUUUGCUGCUUAUAUUUGUUUAUAUGUAUAUAAAGAAAAGAUUUUUACUAU